AUGGAGGAAAUACAAGAUACUAAUACUACAUCUCUUAAGGUUCUAAUGGUUCCAUGGUUAGCUCAUGGCCAUGUAAUUCCUUAUUUAGAACUAGCCAAGAAACUCUCCAAAACCAAUCUUUUCUUCAUAUACUUUUGUUCAACACCUAUCAUUCUUAAUUCCAUCAACCAAGAAAAUCUACCAAAAAAUAUCCAACUAAUAGAAUUUCCUUUACCAUCAUCAAAACAACUUCCUAGCCAUAACCACACCACCAAUGGCCUACCCAAAAACCUCCUUUCAACCUUAAUCCAAACUUUUGGAGAAGCUAGUUCAACCUUUGGCAAAAUUCUUGAUUCCCUCAAUCCUGACUUACUUAUUUUUGAUGGUUUUCAACCAUGGGCACCAGAGUUUGCUUCUUCAAGAAACAUUCAUGCUAUUUAUUUCCUAGUAGUUGGCUCUGCUUCUAUAUCCUUCUUCUAUCACCAUUAUUUGUAUGUUGGCACAAGAAACUUUCCAUUCUCAGGAAUUUUUCUUAAGGAUUAUGAGGCAAAACAACUCCAACUCGCCGCGAAAAUGAACUCCCUUGGACCAAAUGUUGCUUUCAAUGGGGUUGAAAAAUCCCAUGAUAUUAUUUUGAUCAACACUUGUAAUGAAAUUGAGGGAAAGUAUGUGGAUUAUCUCUCAACUCUAAGCAAGAAAAAAGUCAUACCUGUCGGUCCACUUAUUCGUGAAAUGAAAACAAGUAUGGAGAAUGAGGGAAAUGACUCCAAGAUUAUACAAUGGCUAGACAAUAAGGAUGAGUCCUCAUGUGUUUAUGUUUCGUUUGGAAGUGAAUAUUUCUUGUCCAAAGAGGAAAUUGAAGAAAUAGCUCAUAGUUUAGAGCUAAGUGAGUUGCACUUCAUCUGGAUACUAAGGUUUCCAUUAGGUGAAGAAAUUAACAUUGAAAAUGUACUAUCAAAAGGUUUUCUUGAUAGAGUUAAAGAAAAAGGUGUCAUUGUGGAAAAAUGGGCACCUCAAGCAAGAAUUCUUGAGCAUGCAAGUGUUGGGGGAUUUUUGUGUCAUUGCGGAUGGAAUUCUAUACUAGAAAGUUUACAUUUUGGAGUUCCUCUUAUAACCAUGCCUAUGCAUCUUGAUCAACAUACUCAUUCAAGAAUGACGGUCGAGCUAGGGACAGCUAUGGAGGUUGUGAGAGAUGAAAAUGGGAAACUGAAUAGAGAAGAGACAGCCAAAGUGAUAAGAAAUGUGGUGAUGGAGAAGAAUGGUGGAGAAAUUGUGAAGGCAAAGGUAAUACCUGUUGGUCCGCUUGUUAGAGACUCUAAUACAGAUGAAUCUUCAGAGAUCAUCCAAUGGUUAAACGAGAAGGAUCCUGCUUCAACUGUGCUAGUAUCCUUUGGAAGUCUCCGGUUGGGGUUAGAGGAAGAGGAUCCCCAGGCUAGAAUUCUUGCUCAUUCUAGUAUUGGUGGUUUUGUGAGCCAUUGCGGAUGGAGUUCUGUAAUGGACAGAAUAAAUUCCAGAGUCCCUAUUAUGGCCAUGCCACUGCAAUUUGAUCAAUGUAUAAAUGCUAGGCUGAUGGGGAUGGCUGGUGCUGGAGUAGAGGUGAUAAAGGCAGGUGAUGGGGGACUGAACACGGAAGAUAAGUAG